AUUUAUUAUUCUUCUUCUUCUUAAACUCAAUCACAUGGGUUUCGAGUUCAUAGUGUACAACAGCAAACAGCAAUAUUUGUAGGAUUGUUGAACAUUUUUCCUGUAAAUAUAUUUUGAUCUUAUGAAAAUAAGCAUAUAAUUUCAGGAUUAUAUGAUUCUGAUUACAGUUAUUAAAUAUUAUAAGGACGUCAAUUAUUCAAUAUAAAAAUUAAAUCCUUAUUCAAGAUUAUUACAGUAAAUAUAAGUGAUUUAGCAGGAAAAGUAAAAACAUCUCACAAUUAACGAGUCAUAAAUAUUUAUAUUUGAAAUAGGAUUUGUACUUUCAAGCGUUAUCUAAUACGGUAUGUCGAACUUAGCCGCAGAAUUUAGAAAAGAAAUUUUUGCUCCACAUGCGAGACCCAGGAGUGUGUUCACAACUCAUAAUAAUUACUCUCAAAUGGAUGAACCGUCAUAUCAGACUGUAAACAUGAAAUACAAUGGUGAGUAUUGCAAGUAUUUGGACAAUGAUCAGUGGACAAAUAAUGGAAUGCUUGCAACACCAAGCAGCAAUUUGUUCUACCAGAAUGCCAAUGACUCGGCAUCAGUCACUGGCUUUCCAAGGUAUCCGAGAACUAUGAAAUAUGCGCCAUUCUAUUCCGCUGAUGAUUCAUGUAUUUAUCCAGCAUGGAGAGAUUUGGAGAAUAUGGAGCCUGCCGCUAUUGCCACACCACAUGGCACGAUGUCGCUUCGACUCCACAGCCGCAUUAGGGUUGACAUGACUCUGGAUCGAUCUGUUCGUGUUAUCAAUUUUAAGAACAACAUAGUCUUAGCUCUGAAUGGUAAUGGUUCUGCCUCCGCGCUGCUUCAUCCCAACGGACGUAUACAUCAAUAUGGAAGCCGGGUGGAAAUCAUGGCUCAUGAUGUGAACGGUAACAACAAAUUGGCAAAAAUGUGGUACAAAGGAGUAAGCUUCUCAUCUGAACAAUGUGCUCUGGUUUACCUUGUCGACUCAGCUGGCACGCGCACUACCACCGACAACUUUUCCAACAUGAACUGCGACUUCUCGCUGCCCAUAUUCUACAACGACUGUCGCUACGGACCUAUGCACGUCCAAGAGGCUGUCGAAACUCUGAAGUCGGCUCAGUACUGGAGUACUGACGAUGGCGUUGAAAAUUGGAUCAUUAACAAUAUUCGCAUUUCCCAGACCACUGAUGGUCUUGUAAGAAUCGCUCGUAACAGCAACAAGUACCAACUGCGAACAUCUCCGUCGAACGGCACAGCGUCGCUGACCACUCCAUUCCUGCACUGCACCGCUUCGAUGGGCGACACUUCGCACCUAUUUGUGCGUCGCGGCGAGCGUCGCAUGCACUAUGAUGGCAACAUAUUCAUUGUGCGCAAUGCCGGUCAUUCGGCUGGUUUCGACGAGAAGAACCAGCUGAAAGUGUACUAGCACAAUUAAGUUUGCAAUAGACUAAAGCUGCGUCUGUGUUCUAUGACACAGAACAUCACCUAUAACUAGGGAUAAGUUUUUCAGAUAUACUGAGUGCCGGUUGCACAAAAGCCGUUUAAAUUUUAAUCGUGACUGAUCCCACUAGAACUAAUCAGAGAAGCCGUCUUAUCAAAAAGAUUGGUUCUGAUUGGUUCUCGUAAAAUUGAUCAUGAUUAAAAUUUAACCGGCUUUUGUGCUACCGGGCCAAAGUGGCCCAAUAGUCACAACCCACGAGGUUAUGUAAACUGAGCUUGAAUUAGUUUUGUAUUUUGGGCCACUUUUUACUUAUAAUAGAUUCAAUAAAAUAUUUUUUAUUCAAUGAAAAAACCAAUGUUCAUAUAAUAUUCCUGUUGAUGGUUUACAAUAGCCUGCUUCUAUUACUCUAUUCUACUUCAUUGUGACAAUCGUAAAAUUUCUGUUGUUAAUUUUUUUUUGUUUGGUUGAAAUUUUGUUCGUUGAAUUAAGUUUUCUAUAUUUCUUGUAAUUAUUUGAGUAAAAUUUAAUUUGUGAGUUCUGUUCUGGAAUGGAAUAAUGCCAAUUGGAGAAAUGAUUAGCAACUGAUUAUUAUAUCAAAGAAUACCAAAAAGAGUUGUUUCUUUGAACUUAAUAUGCAUCCGUCCACUAGAUCCACACUCUGCCAUUGUAAUUUCUUUUUUUUUGGAUAAUUAAAAUUUAGUAUAAAAUUAGAUAAAAUUCUACUCAGUUCUUUUAUACUAUAAUCUAUAUGCAGCUUAUGGUUGGGGGUUUGGG